UUGUAGCUUCUUUUUCCUAUUUGUAGUGGAGAUAAGUGGAACCCGGUGGGCUGUUGUAGCCCAUCCCCCUCAAGGUUGUGCGUGUUGUGGCUUCACAAAUGCUUUGCUGCAUACCUCGGUUGUAAAGAGUGGUUGUAACGUGUGGUCCCAUGUGCAUUUGCCAUGUAUUUUCCCUAAUGUCUUUGUGAAAAGAGCUAUUUUUUCCUAAAAAAAGAUCCCAGAGGGAGUGUAUCAAUAAAAAAGGCAGUGGACCAUGGUUUGAAGGACUAUUUGACAUGACAUGACCUUUUACAGCAAAGGUCUUGUUUGACAAAUAAGAUUUAAACCGUAGGUACACUCUUUACAGUUAAUAACUGCUGUUACAAGCCUAUGUUUUAUUUUUAACUCAUUACAUGCUGUUAUCUCUUACUGUGGGUGGAAGUUUCUAUAUUAACACGAGCAAUGAGCCAACAACAUUCCAAUACACAGUACUGGGUAUUUUAUAACUCUUCCCUCAUUUUCAAAGUGAAAGUGUCUGUGCGGAUCUCAGAAGCAUCACGGCGAUCUUAAACCUCCACACACGGUGAAGACAAAACAGAGCUGGAUGAUGGGUGGUGUUAAUGUUGUACUGCUGGUGCUGCUGGUCUGGAUCUUCACUGCUGUCUCUGAGGCCAAUAUUGAUAUCACAGUCAAGUGUGAAAAUGUGACUGCGCAUGUGGGAGAUGAAAAAACUUUCACCUGCACGGUAUCUUAUCCAAGCUAUACAUGCUGCACAAAAAUGUACAAGUUUAUUAAUAUGACAGCACAUAAAGGCCAAACAAUCUGUAAAGAGGAGUUCAGAAAUGAUUACUGCAUACAGCUGAGCAGAUUUUCAUGUCCUUACACUGCAAAUAAAGCCAUGACAACAAAACUCCAAUUCUUUUUGCAAGCCAACUGUGGUUGUGAAACAACAUAUUUCACUGCAAAUGUAACAGAAGCUGUUAAAGAUGACACAGCAGGGGAGUUAAACAAAUUCACAAGUGAAGGGUUUGGUGAAUCUAUAAAGGAAACUUCUAGCCAAACAGCCGUCAUCAUUUCUGUCAUAAUGUGUUUGAUCAUCAUUAUCAUGGGAUUACUUUACAAGAAGAAGCUCAACUUCAUCAACACUUGUGGAUUUCAGAAGGAUUAUAAUAUGGAUGUGCAUGAAAAAAUCCUCAGUAAAUGUUCAGAUAGAGAAACAGUGUAACUACAGCAUCACAUUAAUAUGUAAUAUAGACGGUUUCAUCGGACGCACGUGCGCUGACGCGAUACACGUCUGGAUCCGAACUUUACUUCCGGUAUGGUUUUUUUUAAUGGUCUGACUAGUUGCUAAACUGAUCUGUUGAGCAAAUGCCUCGUCGAAAAUAACAAAUGUUUUGGUUUCCCAUGUAAUCUAUGUGUUGUUUUUUUGCUUGUUAUAUAAAUAAACUAUGUUUAAAGAACUUUGUUGUUAUUUAUCCUUAGCUGAGUUUACCGGAAGUUACGUGCGGACCACGACAGCCGUUUGUUUAUGUUGUUACUGCUGAAAUGGCCCUGUCAACACACCCAUGUGGGGCCCAUAAGGGAUGGAUAUGGGCUGGUGAGUGGGCCCCAUAUGGGCUGCCCAGAUGGGGCCCAGUUAGUUUUGUCCGGGGUUCCAUGGUGGCCCCACAUGGGCUUGCCCAGAUGGGUUGAAGAUGGGCUCUUGAUGGGCCCCUUAUUGGGCCCAUAUGGGUAGACCAGAUAGAUACCAUGGCCCCACCUGGGUUGCCCACAUGAAUUUGAUAUAGAAACUGAGUGGGGCUUAUGUGGGGCCCAGCUGGGCAACACACAUGGGGCCCAUAUUGGCCCCACCUAAUGAAGCCCACAUUAUUUACCAGGUCCCAGUAUGGGUUUUUAAUGGGUACUGGA